GACGGACGCCUGGGCCCGUCUGCUCAGCUAGGCGUACUGCGGCCCCCGGGGGCGGGGGAGGGGCGGAAGGGCCUGGGACCCCCAACUUUGGCAUGGGGUUGUGCCGGGCCGGGCGGGCCUGGUGUGCAGGACUUCGUGCCGAGGAGUGCAGGUCCUCGGACGACCCCCUCCGUUACUGCCCGGCUCCUCACUCCCGGCACCCACCCCCACGCCCCCGCGAGUAUCCAUGUACGUGGAGCGUCUCUCCACCUUUGGAAACUCGUUCUUUUGGGUUAAGCAUCGCCCUCCCUUGGCGUGGCUUCUUUUAAAUUAUCCUGGGAGUGGUGAGUAUGAAAGCCUCAGGGGAAUGGCUAAAAGUGACACUUUUUCUUGGUAGGAUCUUGGACCCCUGGGGGGAGGUGCAGGGAACAAGGUCCCAAGUUUUAUCUUCUAGGUGAGGUGUGUAGAUCUGAGAGCCGAGGGAGAGCCCUAGCUGUCGCAGUUGGGCACAGCUUGGGCGGGUUGUGUGCGGGGCUGUGAAGGAGCCAGGAACCGUGAUGAUACCAGUGGGGCGUUGCUGCACGUUCUUCUGAGAGCCUGUUCUGUAGUUGGGGCAGCUCAUGAGCUCGGUCGUACCUCCAGCAACUGUAGACUCCAUGGUUGAGGGGCGGUGUUGGGGUAGUGGCUGGGGGAAGUCCUUGGCCAGGCAGAGCAGGCACUGUGCCAGCACUGUGGUGUCAUUAAUGCCCUGCAAGCUCUUGGGAGAAGAGAGAAGGCGGGAAAAUUGGAGUGGUGGGAGCAAGGGCAGCCUCCUUUGCACCUCUGGCUGUCCAGUUAGCAGCCCACGGACACCCUUGCUCAGCUAUGCCCACUGGUCCUGUACUAGGGCCUCCUCAUACUGCUGUUUCCUCUUCUGAAAAAUGAGAAGAUUGGACCACUGAUCUCAGAUCUGAUGUUUUGGGGAGGGUGUAUCCUUACACUGUGUCGCUUCCUGAAGAAGGUGGCUAGGACAGGUCUUGGGGAGUGGUAGGUCACAGUCAGAUGAAGAGGAACAGGGAAGGCCUCCUGUCUUCCUGUCUAGUGAGACUCCUAGAAGCCCAGGGGCGGGUGAGCACAGCCCAUAGGUGGAGGGCAGCAGGGUGCAGGGUCUGACCUGGGAGCCCAAGGCAUGCUGGGAAAUCUAGGUUGGGAAGGACCAUAAAGAUGGCAGGGUCUGUGGCAGUUUUUUGCUGGGUUAGUGACACAGUAGAGAGAGUGUUUUAGGAGGACUGCAUGGCAGCAGUGGGCUCGAUGGCUGCUCAGUGACGACAAUCCUGGAUCAGCCCAGAAACCUUUUCUCCUGUUGCUUGAGGGAGGGAGGCCUGAGAGCCACAAAGAGGGUCAAGUGGGCCUAAGGAAGACACUGGGUCCAGAUUGCAAGCUGACCGUGGGUUUCCCUUUCCUAAAAGCCAGCGUUUGCGCCUGUGUUUGCACACUCAUGCUUGCUCACUCCCUCCCAUACACACACUCCCCACUCUUCCUCUGCUUAUUCUGGGCAGAGGGAGGCACUGAUUGGACCGCCCAUCCUGGUCACAGUCGUUCCCAUUCCCAUGUUAUAGGAACUUUGUCACAGAAGGGUUUGUCUUGAGGCCAAGAUGGUGAAAGGCCUGGAAACCAUCUCUUCCGGAUGUCUAAAAGAGCUGGCUAUAUUUAGCUGGGAGAUAGAGGCAUUCGGGUCAGCAGCAGUGUGUGUGGAAGAGCCCGUUCUGUGUAGCUGGAGGUGGCAGGCUGUAACUGGCAGGUGGAUGUUAGGCAGACAGAUGUGGCUGCAGUAAUACUACUCAGAGCACUUACUGCAUCCCAGCAUUUGUUCUGGGUACUUUUCCUAUAUUAAUUCACUUAGUUUCCACAGCAUCCCCUGGAGAUAGGUUGUUAUGAUCCCAGUUUCAUAGAUGGGUUUGCUCAGGUCCCGUGGCUAGUAUGAAGCAAGGCAGAGAUUGGAGUUCCAGCAGCCUGGCUCCUGAGGUCAAGCCCUAACCCCCAUGCUCUGCCCCUGUCUGUGUGUCCAGAACGUUGUAACUGCCAGCAAUAGGACCAGCUGCUGGGAAUGUAGUGAGCCACCCAUUAUCAAAGGCAUUCAAGUAGAAAUUGAAGAGCCAUCCCAUUUUGGGUGGAAGUUGACGUUAAAAGUUCACUGUUCUUUGAAGGUCAACAAGCAGUUGUCUGUGAUUUCUAGUUCACAAGCGUGCCAUGUUGGACAACUGGCCCCUGGGAAGAGGAGAGGGGUUGCGACUGAGCUGCAGCCCUGCCUUCUCCCCACACUUGUAAACUUAGGGUGUCACAAUCACCCGAGAAGUUUGAAAGUGUCAAUUUCUGGGCUCUGAAAGCACUAAACUUAGUUGUGAUUUAGUAGAUCUAGGAUGAGGGGGGAAUCAGCCCUAAAUGAAAGGAAAUUGUGAAGUAAAUCCUUUGAAUCUCAAAGCCCUUUUGUUUUUUCAGCGGUUCUGUUGUAGAUAGCUUCUGUUGGGAGGAGCUGAGGACACGAUGUUUCUCACUCGGUUUGCUCAACAAAGAACCUGUCUGCUGAGUUGAACCAGCUCUCCAGCAGAACUACCACCUGGCUCUGUGGGUCCUCACUCCCCAUUCCCUGCUCCAGCUGGGCCAACAAUGGCUACAGAAGCAUCUCUUUGUACCCAGGACCCUUCCCCAUCCUCCAUCACCUCCUUAAAAAUGUCUGCCAAAUGUUAGCUUUUAUUAAGAAGAUACUAGGGAUGAUAAUGUUUGGCACAGAUACCCCCUUGGUCUAUCUAUACAAACUUUCCUGGGUAAUAAUAACUUUAAAAAAUUGGAUGCUUGAUGUUUGGUGUCUUAGAGUCGCAGUCAAGCACAGCAGUUAGGGCACCAAAAUCUCAGUCCCAAGGCCUGAGUCCUGGCCUUGGACUGUGGCUGUCUGCCGGCUCAGCACGCUGCUUCAUCCCUCCGUGCGUCAGAAGCUUCGUCCACACAUGAGGGUAACAGAAUCUGAUCAGGUGGCUGCACGCGCCUAUUUUGUGAAUCAAAUGAAAGAUCUGAAAUGCUCUAAAAUGUGUAAGAUCGCACCUCUGCUGACGUUUGCUCCCCUUGAGAACAGAGCCUGUGUGACGCUCGCUCCCUUGGCAUCCGGCAGAGUGCCUGUAACUCGUGAGUGUUCCAGUCAGCUCUCUGCUCCAGCCCCUCAGUCUGCCCUCCAGCCUCUGACAGGCCAACCUGUGCGCUCACACUCACACUCACACUCGAGGACCUGGACACUCCAAACUCUGCCCCAUCCCUCGGCCCCCUCCUCCAGGUGGUUAUCUGUCCCAUGGGACUUGGUGUGACUCGUUUCCAGGUUCUGGGGACACCUUAUUUUGCCCUAGUGUAUUGGCCAUCGUGGGAGUUAAUAAAUAUUUGUGCAGGUAGGAAAAGACAGUGAGGUAAUUGUAUGGACCUUUCCUGCCCCCUUCCCUCUUUUCCUCAGCUGCAGCAGUGAGAGAAUGGGACUGUAAAUAGGGGGGUUCCAACCUUUUUGACUCUGUGACCCCCUUUCUUAACACUGAAAACUUCCCUGGGCCCCACAUAGUUGCGUACAUAGUAUAUUAGAUUGUAGUCUUUCCAUGUGUUUUAAGGUAAAUUCAGUAUUACCUUUAAAGGACACACGUGUAUUCAUCCCAGCAGCGUCUAUAUAGUUCUAAACAUAGUCAUCAAAGUGUUCAAGCAAAACGUGCACAUUCAGCCAACAAACAGUGUUCAUGUCCAUUCAGACCCUGGGCCUGUUGGGACAAGCCGAGGCUCCCAGGUCUGCAGUGCAGAUGGGGACUCCCUGACCGAAGGGUCUCCCUGCUCCACCAGCCGUGGGGUUCCUGAGCCUUGCUGGGGUUAGGACUCUGGAAGGGAGAGAAGGAAGAGGGUGUAGUGGGGAAGAGCAGGGAGGACCAGAGGACAGAGCAAGGCAGGUGGGCUGUGGAUGUUGGGGGGGAAGGCAGUGGCCACCAGGCACGGUGGGGGAUGAGGUUGCAAAGGUGGAACAAGGCUGGGCAGUGAGGCCUCCCUGCCAGAGGAGACAGGUGGGGCACAGUGCUCGUGUCUUGUUGGGAAGUGUGAUGGGACCCUGUGUUGGGGUCCCCAAGAGCACCCCGGGUCAGAGAUUUGCCAGGAGGACUCUCAGGACUUGGCAUAUAGUUGUGUUCACAGCAGUGAUUUAAUGCAGCAAGAGGCACAAAGCAAACUUAGCACAGGGAACAGGCAUGUGGGCCAUGUCGGGAGGAGCCAGGCGGGAGCUUCCAGGGUCCCCUUCUGAUGGAGUCACACAGGCUGUGCUCAGUUCUUCCAGCAACAGUUGUGACAACAGCUUUGAGAUGUUGUCUACCAGGGAGGGCCACUAGGGACUCAGGGCCCAGGGCCUAAACCUGGCAUGGACCAAAAUCCCAAAGUUCCAGAAGGAAAGCGGAUGUUCAGCACAGACCGCACCAUGCAAGGAGUCUGGGCCCAUAAACCACCCUCAUCAGUUAGAGAACUGUGGGAGCCCUCCCGAAAUGCAAGUUCCCCAACGCCAGCCUGACACCAGCCUUGUGUGCAGGCCUUCCAAGGGAUGGCCCUCUCAGGCCUGCUCUGCUCGCCCAUCUGCGCGGACCCUAACGUUGGCUGUCUUUUUGUCUGUCCAAAGGUCAGGAAGAAAUGGGAGUGGCUCCUGGAGAGCUGUUUUGGAGGGUGUCUAAGUGCAUUCCUGAGAGGGAGUGACCAUACCCGGCCAGAGGGCAGAGGUUAAUUCAGGAGAGUCUGCUGGCCUGCUGAGCAGGCUGUCGGUGGUCAGAAACACAUGGUGAGCUGAGGAGGAAAAGGCUGAGGGGUCUGACCACCUGCGGGUCUCCAGGCCUUGGGACCAAAGGCAGGUGGUCAGUGGGGAGGUACCCCCAGCCGGGGGUGUCAACGUGGUCCUGACCAGUUCAGAAGGAGAGUGGAGCAUUGGUGGGUGUGACUGCGUGGUGCCACCUGUCAGAGGGUGACAGGCAGAGUGGGGAGCAGAUGCUAUCAGUGACAAGUCCGAGAGUUAGUUAACAGUGAGAGUUUUUAAAGUCACUGACUUGAGUUGAUGAAACAAGGCAGUAGGUUAUCUUCUUUGCUUUAUUAGGACUGUCUUGAUUUUAUUGAAUAAUUUUUUCUUACAAAGAAAUAGUUUAGCCUUUGUUUCUAAACCAGAAGGACCUUCCCAUAAUUUACAUUCUGUUUGCUUAAUUUGCACCCAGUUAAUUUUUGCCAUAAUUUAAAAAUUCAUCCCUGUCAGGUGCUGGUCAUCUAGGGUCUGCUGGCUGUUUUAAAGCCCACUUAGUGACUAUUUUUAAAGAAGUUAAGACAGAAAUGUCUCUUUUAUCUUAAAAAGCUCUAGGGUAACAGAGGAUGCUCUCCAAGGGUGACCUCAGGUUUCUUCUGAGCCCUUCUUGAUGGAAUGGACAACGGUGUACCAGGAUUCCAGCCCAGAGGGGCGAAGGGUGAAAGGUCAGGGAGGGGCAUGGGGGCGCGUAGCGAGAUGGUGAGGACUGGACUGCGGCCUGGAUGGGCUUCAGUGGUGUCAUCUGUGGAGUGGUGUGUCCAUGUGCUGCAGGGACUCUGUAGAGAUGUGCCACGUGGGCUCGGUGACAAAGGCCACAGGUCACAGCUGUGGAGAUCACCAUGGCUGGCCAGGGCCGUGGAGGUCCGAUGAGACCUGGAAAGUGAGGACAGGUGCAGCCCAGCCCAGUCUCAGUCUAGCAGAGCAGUCGGAACCGGAGACGACCUGCUUGGCCAGAGCGUCUGAAGAAGAAGAGCGGCUGGAGGACUGGAUGCAGAUCGAGGCGCCACGAAUGCCGCACAGGGUGCGGUGCUGCCCAGGGCGUGUGGCUGCGCAGGGUGUGCGGCUUCUGGUUUUCCUUGUUCACCACCUGCACAGCCGUCUGUGCUCGUGAGGGAGGCUCUGCCUCCUCUGGACUUGCAAGGCUGGGACACUCUUCCUUAGGGUGGGGCUGGAGGAGCAACGUAAACACUUUACUUGCUUGAUUCCUGAAUGUUGGAUCAUCUCCACUAAAAAGUAUGGAGUGGUUUUGUUUUUUUUGUCAUACUUGUUAUUCACUUUAUUUGUAAACUUUUUUUAAUGCCAUAUUACUAGGAUCCCAGGUCCUUGCACAUUCAAAGGGAAGUUUGCUUGUUAACCUCAGUGAAUCUCUAACAUGAUGAAUAUAGGGCUGGCUGGGGUUCCCAUCCUAGGGUUAACCUUUUCUUGGGCCCAGGCUGCAGAGUAUGAGACUGUCUGUAUUAGCGUCCUGGGGUGCCAUAACAAAGUCCCCCAAACCGGGGACUUUAAACAGCAAAUUUAUUCUCUCUCAGUGUGGGAGGGGAGAAGUCCAUGUCAAGGUGUUGGCAAGGCCAUGUUCCCUCUGAAGGCCCUAGGGGAGGAUCCCUCCUCAUCUCUUCCAGCUUCUGGUGACCUCAGGCAUUCCUUUGCUUGUGGCAGCAUCACUCGGACAUCACUUCCAGUGUCAGGUGGCCCUCUCCUCCCUGUGUGUCUGUGUCUCUCUCUUGUUAGAAGGACACCACUCAUACUGGGGUAAGGGCCCACCCUACUACAGUAUGACCUUAUUUUAACUAGUUACAUCUGUAAUGACCCUAUUUCCAAAUAAGGUCUCAUUCACAGGUACUGUGGUGAGGACUUCAGCAUAUCCUUUCCGGGACACAGUCUUGCCCCAACCGCUGUCUCCUGAACAGAUUCCCGCUGCUCCUUUGCCUGCUCCCGUGUGUCAGGCCUCACCCCAUGCUCUUACUGUUCCCUGCUCCCAGGUGUCCACCAGGAGACACAGGCUGGGUCACCAAGUUGAGGACAGCUCGGCUGGCCUUCCUGGGUUGGAACCAGCCAACUCCCUUGAGAUUGUGCCCACAGGUGUCCAUCGCCUUCCAGGACCUGGCCGUGUGGUUCUCCAAGGAGGAGUGGCGGCUCCUAGGGGAGGGGCAGAGGGCGCUCUACCGCGACGUGAUGCGGGAGAACUAUGAGAUGCUGGUCUCGCUGGGGACAGCUGAGCUUCUUCCCCUCUCUGCCUUCCUGUCUCCCACAGAGCCUGGAGGAGCUAUGGGAGGCGGAAGCAGUGCUGAUGAGGGGCAGGAGCCUGCUAGGGAAGGCCCCUCGGGAGGAACUCCCCAGCACAGCCUGCACCUCACCGCCCUGGUGCAGCUGGUGAAGGAGAUCCCAGAGUUCCUGUUCGGGGAAGUCAGCCCCGAGAGUGGGGGAGCCAGCCUGGACGGGGAGCGGGCGAGCCCCGAGGCAGCUGUGGCCAUGGAGACUUGCCCUCUUCAGGGCCUGCUCGACUGCCUUCCGGACACGCCUGUCAGCCGGCCCAGCCUGGCCACUACGCCCAGCGGCAGCUCGUCAUCCAGCGGCCCGUCCAGAACCCGGGGACAGGGAAGCCCGCUCGUGCUCAAAACUGCUGACAGACCGAGGCCAGAAGAGGAGGAAGGCUCACGAACCCCGGUCAGGGAGCCCAGCCCUCCCGCCUGUGGCCUUGGCAGGAGGAAGAGCCACAGAAAACAGGAGAGAGGGACCUCGGCGCCAGGUGCCGCAGGAAUCUCUCCUGGGAACAGCCCCUUGCAAGGCCUCAUCAACUGCCUGAAGGACAUCCUCGUGCCUGGGCCCCAGCAUCCUGAGGCGUCCCCGAGCUUACUGCCUCCUGUCCCUGGCCUGUCACGGCUAACCAGGGCAGAGCUGGAGCCUGGGAGCCCGCCCUGGGGAGUGAAGUCGGAGGCAGUUUCAGGGGAUUGUCCCCUCCAAGGUCUGCUGAACUGUCUGAAGGAGAUCCCAGAGGCCCAGCUCAGGCAUCCCACCCCCUCAGGAGUAGGGGUUCCACAGCUGCCGGAGGAUCCAGGGGCCCGGAAAAGGAAUUCUGGAGGGCGCAGCCCUGGUCCUGGAGCUGGCAGCAUGCUCUCUGUGAAGAUGGAGGACGACUGGGCCCCGAGCCCCCCAGCGCCUGCAUCCUGUCAGCUCAGCAAGCGGACACACAGCCCCGCUGCCACUGGCGGCCCAGGGGGUGAUAGACACAGCAGGGGGCUCCAAGUGCCCAGCUGGGUCCCUGUGGCUCAAGCCGGCAGUGCCUCGAGCUCAGCCCUGGAAGCCCUGGAGGCCUGUCUGAAGGGCAUUCCCCUGAGUGGGUCGUUACCUCCCCAGCCGCCGACCACCUCUUGGUCUCGGAGCCCCCAGCCAGGAGACCCUGGGUCUCAGAGGCCCCAGCUGCAGCCCCUUGGAUUACACAGCAAAGAGGCAACCAUGGGGCCCCUUCUGGCUCUGGGCCUGCAGGGCUCUGUGAGAGACAGCCCUGCCCUCCUCCCAGCCCUCCACGGCACCCCCACCAGCUUCUCCUCGUCCAGCAGCACGGAUGGGGACCUGGAUUUCCAGAGCCUUGAGAGCAGCCAAGUACGUCCACCUGGAAAAGGAAGCCCAGUGGGAAGCUCCCCGCUCCAGGGCCUGGAGAACUGCCUCCGAGAGAUACCUGUGCCCGGGCCUCAGCCUGCCUGGUCCUGGUCCUCGGCAGGGGACAGGGGGCCACGGAGAGCAGAGGCCAAGAACUGGACGGCAGACACGGAAGGGCUGAGGGGCGAGGCCUGUGCGCCAGCCCGUCUAGGACAGCGCAGCGGGGGAGUGCCCACCAGGAGCGUCCAGCUGGCUAGCCCACAGGCUCUCACCUCUAGUAGCGUCCCUGCCUGCUGUCAGCGAGGGCUCAAAGACCAUGGGGCCAUCAGGCCGGGACCCGGGAGGUGGCUCCAAGAUGGGGUGGCCACCAAGCCCUCCCCACUCCACUGCCUGGAGAACUCUCUGAAGGGGAUCUUGCCUGGGCGGCCCCUGCGCUUCGCCUGCUUGGCCGGCCCCGGCUCUGGCCCUGGCCCCAGCUCCAGCCCCAGCCCCGGCUCCAGCUCGAGCUUCAGCAGCUCCGAAGGAGAAGACCUGAGGCUGGAGCCUGAGCUCUGGCAGCCGCUCCUGCAGGAGAGGGGCCGCCUUCCCAGCUGCAAGGGUCCUGGCCCUCCGUCCCUGCGCCCUGGCGGUGCCCCCGCUGGCAGCAGCCCUGGUGAAGUUCCAAGGAGAGCAGAGCCCAGGGACCCCUGUGGUCUCAGUGCAGCAGGAAAAGGAGAAGAGAAGACGGGACACAGGUCCCAGUCGCCCUGGAGAGAAGUGCACUCAGAGACACUGGGCCGGCCGGGCCCCCUGGGCAGCACUGGAGGAGAGGCAGCUGUGAAUCCCAGCCCUGCCCCUCAGCUGGAGAGAAAGCCCCGGCCGGGACCUUGCCGGCCUCCUGGGCCAGCCCAUGGGUCCCUAUCCUGGAAGCCCAGCGUUAGUGAAGAAUCCAGGGGCCUGGGGCCUGGAAGCGGAAGACCAAGUGUUGCAGCCAGGACCAACGGGAGACUGCUUCCCAGAGGCCUGCCUGAGCCAUCGCCUGUGGCCCCUGUCCCUCCGGCUUUGCCACUUGCCUCUCCGCGGCCACCCUGCCCCUGUGGGAGUUCCCUGCAGCAGGAGCUCCGUAGCCUCAGCGCUGCCCUGUCAGAGAAGCUCGAGCGGCUCGCUGCGGCCCUGGCAGGCCUGUCUCAGGAAGUGGCCACCAUGAGGACCCAGGUGGAUCGGCUGGGGAGGCGCACGCGGGGCCCUGGGCCAAAGGGCCAGGCUUCCUGGCCGUGGGCCCUCCCCCGGGGGCCUCGCUGGGCUAACGGCCCCGCCCACAGACACCUGCCCUACUGGAGACAGAAGGCCCCCACCCGGCCGAAACCAAAGGUCCUGCGCAGCCAGGCCGAGGCCUGCAGGGCUGGCAACUCCUCAGGCCUCUCCAGCGGAAGGCUCCGCCCAGUGCCUCCACUACCUCCAGACACCCCCCCAGCAGAACCUUCUGGACCCAAUACCAGCCCUUCCCAGCAGCCCCUCUCCUCAGCAUGCAGCUGCUGUCCUGUGCUAACUGUGCACGCCCACCUCGGACACACUGGGGGCCAGCAGAGCCCCACGCCCCCUUCAGUGCCUGCUGUCUUACCCACCCUGACAGCCUCUCCUGCAGCCCGCUCAGAGGCAGAGCUGUGGGCUGCGGCAGCUGCACCAGCCGGACCCCUAAACCUGCCGAAGGCUCCAGACAGCCUGCUGGCAGGGGCCUGCAGAGCCCUGCAGGAGGAGCUGUGGGGUGGGGAAUGGAGGGGCCCGAGCUGGGGGGCCCCUGACCGCCUUCUUCACCAGCGCAGUCCUGCCCAAGAUGCUCCGCCUGCGGCCGCUGCUCCUAGGGACCAUCCGACCCCCUCACCCCACUCCAGCCGAACCUUCCCCACUUCUGGGCCGUGAAGGGGCUGGAGUUCCGCCACUGGCCUGACUGCCCGACUCCAGGAUGCUCUUUGCUCAGGGAGGCUGUAUUUGGGGUGCAUUCCUCAGCCGCGCUGCUGGCCUUGCCUCAGGUUCAUUCAGAUGUUGCCCCCCCCCCGCCUUCCUUCCCACUGGAACUGCCGAAGCUGGCAGGCCGGUGGUGUGUGUACACGCCCGUGCACACUCGUGUGCCUGGGGCACUUCAAACAGCUGCAGAGGGGUCGUGAGAGCCCCUCGUUCUAACAGCUGCCCCCAUCUCAGCGCAGAGGAGGGCGUGGCCUUGCCUUCCUGGUAACUGUGGGCAUAGCUUUCGUCUGGGGAGAGCUCUGCCCUGUGGCCUAAGCUGGAUUCACCCGUGUGGAUUCCAAAAUGAAAGAAGGUUGUUGCUAAGGGAGGGGCCCUUGGUUCCUACAGAAGGCUCAGGCGGGCUACCCCAGGGCGUGGCCGAUUGGUUAUGCUACCAGUCCUGGGGAUGAGGUAGCCCACUGCCUGCCCUCCGACACCCUGGAGAGAAUUCAGCAAUCUGCCUAUGGCUGGAGGCUCGGCUGCGGGAUGGACUCCCCCAGUGACUCCCUGGGAAGGAGUGGCACACAUUGUGUCAUGGCGGCACAUUGGGGCACUGUAACAGAGUGCCACAGACGUUUACUUUCCCUGUUGUGGGGGCCGGAAGUCCAAGAUGAAGAUGUCAGUGGGGUUGGUUCCUUCUGAGGCUGUGAGGAGUCUGCUCCAGCCUCUGCUUGGCUCAUCAGUGACCAUCUUCAUGUUCACGUGGCGGGCGUUCUCCCUGUAUGCGUGUCUCCAAAUUUCCCCUUUGUGUAAGGACACAGUCAUUGGACCAGGGUCACCCUGAUGCCCUCACUUGAACCGUAUUCUGUGAACACCCUGUGUCCAAAUAGGGUCAGAUGUAGGGGUUAUGACUCCAACAUAUGAAUUUAGAGGGGACACAUUUCAACUUGUAACACAUAUAGGGGACUGGGCUCGUUGUCUUGGGUUCAUCUUGGGAGAAGAAAGUGUGACCAAGGUGUCACUAGGCCUGCUUUCCUGGUGGCCAGACGGCCUGCUCUGGGCCCUGCCCCUCAGACGGCGCGGCCGCGUGGCGGUGCAUCAGUAACAGCCUGCCUGUCACUUCUCCACCUUGUUUCCUCCCCCAGGGUCAGAGCUCUUCCGUGAACCUUGUGUUCCUGAGUUCCUGAUUUGAGGAGUCUUUGGGACUCUGUGUACACGUGCUGCCUGGGAAAGACUGGCCUGGCAUAGACUGGCAGGUGGCUCUGCUGUCAGGGAACCCGGGGCCCAGAAGAGGCUGUAGCCACAGCAGCUGCACAAGCAGUACCUUGUGGCUGCUGUGCCCGUUGUGCCCCUAAAGUCAGGGUCUUUGGGGCCACACACAGGGCCUGGCCUGUGCCCUUCACUGCAGCAGGCUGCUGAUGCAGACUGUCACAAAGAGGGGACGUUAAAAUGUUUUCAGGACUGGAAUAAGUCCCAAGCUGACUGUCUUAGAAGCUAAUGUCUGAGAUCAUGUAAGUAGGACGUUUAAAGUAAGCGGUCUUCACGUCUAGCCAUACUUGAUAGAGAAUAAGGAGCGGAAGAGUUCUAGGCUUUCCACUCAUGAAGACCUCAGGAAGAUGAGUCCAGCUCCUUUUCAAGCUGUGCAGGGAGCGACGCUGGGCACGUUUUAGAGCCAGUAGACAGGGUAGGACAGGACCCUGAGGAGGGUGCCACCCUCGGGAGCAGCGGCCCUGGCAGUGAGGAGGAGAGUUCUGUCCACUCCUGCUCGGCCCUCCUGUCCGGCCUGGCUGGCCUGCAUUCUCCUCUCCUCGCCCUUCCCAGCAUGGGUGGUGGGAGGUGGUCUGCUAUCCCCCUUCAUAUGGCAGUUUAAGGUUUUGUUCUGUGGAAUUUACAAACAUCAGCCAUCGCACAAACCCUCUGCAGCAGACAUAAAGGAGCAAACGAGCUCAGAGGGUGUCACUUGCUCACGAUCACACAGCUUUUGACUGAUAGUUGAGAAGGGUGCUGUGCUUGGCAGCCCUGGCAUGUCCCCUCACAGCCAGGGCCCAGCUCCUUCCAACCCCCGCCUGCUGCGCAGACGACGAUGCGCAGUGUCCCCAGGUUCAGUAGUCCACAUCCAAUCGGACCAUAUACGAAGUUCAAUCCUUUUUUUUAAGAAUGUGGAAAAUAAGUAAUAAAAUUUUAAGAAGCUCCCCACUCCGCAGUCAUGUUUGUCCCACAGGAGUUAGUUUCCCAGGCCCUGUCCCUUGCCACACGAAGAAAACCCUUUCACAACUGUUCACUGAAAAGCCUUCUAGAGUCACUGAUCGGGUGAAAAAUCUGUGGAGUUUAGGACUGUGUCCUUUUCCUUCACCUACUUCAUGGGGUGGUUUGAGGAGGAAAUGUCACUUUGAUGGGAGAAACUGAGGGACCUUUUGAACUCAGGGGUUCUGGGGGUCUGGGAGUGGGGGGCAGAGAAGGCUCUGGCUCUGCCUGCCGCCGUCCUGGAAGGAGCCAGAAGACGUCCUGGCCAACCUCUCCCCACGGGGCUCACGUCAGGGGCCCUUGAAGUGCUCUGUCUCCACCUUCCUCUGUCAGGCGGGGAAAGGGGGAGGGUCCCGCUUCCACCUGUCAGAGUCAGAGAAGACGCCCCCUCCCCCCAUCUCCAGGGCUCCCCCGAGGGGUCCAGUGGAAGGGAGGCCGCCAUGGGGUUGGGGUGCAGGGGCCACAGUUCACUUCCUCCACUCCUGAUGUCACUGCUCCCUCCUAAGGACCUUGGGCACCUGGCAGACCAGACUGUUCACUCUCAACUUUUUUGUGUGUUGUGUUUUAGAUGUGGCUUCUGUAGACAUCCUGUAGUUGGAUUUUAGUUUUUAAUUCAGCUUGACAAAUUUUGUUCCUUCCUUGGAGCCCUUAAUCCAUUUCCAUGUAACAUGAUUACUGACAUGUUUAUCAUCUUAUUUUGUGCUUUAUGUUUGUCCCACCUGUUCUGAGGUUUUUUUCUUCUUCCCUGAUGCCUUUUGUAUCAGCAAUGUUGUAAUCACUCUGUUAUUUCCCUCUACUAGCCUCAAAAUUGAAAGACCCUAAGGGAGAAACAGGCAAAUUCACAAUCAUGUUGGGAAGACUUCUAGCAUAUCUCUCUCAGGAAUUAACAGAAGAAAUCAGGCAGGUUAUAGAAGAUUUGAACAAGCUAAUAACAGACUUGUUCUGAUUGAUGAAUAUAUAGAACCCGGCACCAUAGGACUGUGAAAUAGACAUCCUUUUCAAGCAUAUAUAGAACAUUUUUUUAAUUGGCUGUACACUAAACCCUAGAGCAAGUUUAAACAAUUUUUUUAAGUAUUGAAAUUAUAUAGAAUAUAAUCUAUGACCAUACUUUAGCUUUUAAGCUUCAAAUAAGUAACAAAAAAUAACCAGAAAUUUUUGUAUGUUCAAAAAAUAAAAGUUAUACCUCCAAAUAAACUAUGUCAAUGAAGAAAUCAUAA